AAUGAUAUCGGCACUCCUUAUCCGUUCCUCCAGAAUGAUAUUGGCACUCCUUAUCCGUUCCUCCAGAAUGAUAUUGGCACUCCUUAUCCGUUCCUCCAGAAUGAUAUUGGCACUCCUUAUCCGUUCCUCCAGAAUGAUAUUGGCACUCCUUAUCCGUUCCUCCAGAAUGAUAUUGGCACUCCUUAUCCGUUCCUCCAGAAUGAUAUUGGCACUCCUUAUCCGUUCCUCCAGAAUGAUAUUGGCACUCCUUAUCCGUUCCUCCAGAAUGAUAUUGGCACUCCUUAUCCGUUCCUCCAGAAUGAUAUCGGCACUCCUUAUCCGUUCCUCCAGAAUGAUAUUGGCACUCCUCAUCCGUUCCUCCAGAAUGAUAUCGGCACUCCUUAUCCGUUCCUCCAGAAUGAUAUCGGCACUCCUUAUCCGUUCCUCCAGAAUGAUAUCGGCACUCCUUAUCCGUUCCUCCAGAAUGAUAUUGGCACUCCUUAUCCGUUCCUCCAGAAUGAUAUCGGCACUCCUUAUCCGUUCCUCCAGAAUGAUAUUGGCACUCCUUAUCCGUUCCUUCAUCCGUUCCUCCAGAAUGAUAUCGACACUCCUUAUCCGUUCCUCCAGAAUGAUAUUGGCACUCCUUAUCCAAUGAUAUUGGCACUCCUUAUCCGUUCCUCCUCAAAUGAUAUUGGCACUCCCUAUCCGUUCCUCCAGAAUGAUAUCGGCACUCCUUAUCCGUUCCUCCAGAAUGAUAUUGGCACUCCUUAUCCGUUCCUCCAGAAUGAUAUCGGCACUCCUUAUCCGUUCCUCCAGAAUGAUAUUGGCACUCCUUAUCCGUUCCUCCAGAAUGAUAUUGGCACUCCUUAUCCGUUCCUCCAGAAUGAUAUCGGCACUCCUUAUCCGUUCCUCCAGAAUGAUAUCGGCACUCCUUAUCCGUUCCUCCAGAAUGAUAUCGGCACUCCUUAUCCGUUCCUCCAGAAUGAUAUUGGCACUCCUUAUCCGUUCCUCCAGAAUGAUAUUGGCACUCCUUAUCCGUUCCUCCAGAAUGAUAUCGGCACUCCUUAUCCGUUCCUCCAGAAUGAUAUUGGCACUCCUUAUCCGUUCCUCCAGAAUGAUAUCGGCACUCCUUAUCCGUUCCUCCAGAAUGAUAUUGGCACUCCUUAUCCGUUCCUCCAGAAUGAUAUUGGCACUCCUUAUCCGUUCCUCCAGAAUGAUAUUGGCACUCCUUAUCCAAUGAUAUUGGCACUCCUUUAUUGGCACUCCUCAUCCAAUGAUAUUGGCACUCCUUAUCCGUUCCUCCAGAAUGAUAUUGGCACUCCUCAUCCGUUCCUCCAGAAUGAUAUCGGCACUCCUUAUCCGUUCCUCCAGAAUGAUAUUGGCACUCCUCAUCCGUUCCUCCAGAAUGAUAUUGGCACUCCUUAUCCGUUCCUCCAGAAUGAUAUUGGCACUCCUCAUCCGUUCCUCCAGAAUGAUAUUGGCACUCCUCAUCCGUUCCUCCAGAAUGAUAUUGGCACUCCUUAUCCGUUCCUCCAGAAUGAUAUUGGCACUCCUUAUCCGUUCCUCCAGAAUGAUAUUGGCACUCCUUAUCCGUUCCUCCAGAAUGAUAUCGGCACUCCUUAUCCGUUCCUCCAGAAUGAUAUUGGCACUCCUUAUCCGUUCCUCCAGAAUGAUAUUGGCACUCCUUAUCCGUUCCUCCAGAAUGAUAUUGGCACUCCUUAUCCGUUCCUCCAGAAUGAUAUUGGCACUCCUUAUCCGUUCCUCCAGAAUGAUAUUGGCACUCCUCAUCCGUUCCUCCAGAAUGAUAUUGGCACUCCUUAUCCGUUCCUCCAGAAUGAUAUUGGCACUCCUUAUCCGUUCCUCCAGAAUCAUAUCGGCACUCCUUAUCCGUUCCUCCAGAAUGAUAUCGGCACUCCUUAUCCGUUCCUCCAGAAUGAUAUUGGCACUCCUCAUCCGUUCCUCCAGAAUGAUAUUGGCACUCCUUAUCCGUUCCUCCAGAAUGAUAUUGGCACUCCUCAUCCGUUCCUCCAGAAUGAUAUCGGCACUCCUUAUCCGUUCCUCCAGAAUGAUAUUGGCACUCCUUAUCCGUUCCUCCAGAAUGAUAUUGGCACUCCUCAUCCGUUCCUCCAGAAUGAUAUUGGCACUCCUUAUCCGUUCCUCCAGAAUGAUAUUGGCACUCCUUAUCCGUUCCUCCAGAAUGAUAUUGGCACUCCUUAUCCGUUCCUCCAGAAUGAUAUUGGCACUCCUCAUCCGUUCCUCCAGAAUGAUAUUGGCACUCCUUAUCCGUUCCUCCAGAAUGAUAUUGGCACUCCUUAUCCGUUCCUCCAGAAUGAUAUUGGCACUCCUUAUCCGUUCCUCCAGAAUCAUAUCGGCACUCCUUAUCCGUUCCUCCAGAAUCAUAUUGGCACUCCUUAUCCGUUCCUCCAGAAUGAUAUCGGCACUCCUUAUCCGUUCCUCCAGAAUGAUAUCGGCACUCCUUAUCCGUUCCUCCAGAAUGAUAUCGGCACUCCUUAUCCGUUCCUCCAGAAUGAUAUUGGCACUCCUUAUCCGUUCCUCCAGAAUGAUAUUGGCACUCCUUAUCCGUUCCUCCAGAAUGAUAUUGGCACUCCUUAUCCGUUCCUCCAGAAUGAUAUCGACACUCCUUAUCCGUUCCUCCAGAAUGAUAUCGGCACUCCUUAUCCGUUCCUCCAGAAUGAUAUUGGCACUCCUCAUCCGUUCCUCCAGAAUGAUAUUGGCACUCCUUAUCCGUUCCUCCAGAAUGAUAUCGACACUCCUUAUCCGUUCCUCCAGAAUGAUAUUGGCACUCCUCAUCCGUUCCUCCAGAAUGAUAUCGGCACUCCUUAUCCGUUCCUCCAGAAUGAUAUUGGCACUCCUUAUCCGUUCCUCCAGAAUGAUAUUGGCACUCCUUAUCCGUUCCUCCAGAAUGAUAUUGGCACUCCUUAUCCGUUCCUCCAGAAUGAUAUUGGCACUCCUCAUCCGUUCCUCCAGAAUGAUAUUGGCACUCCUUAUCCGUUCCUCCAGAAUGAUAUUGGCACUCCUUAUCCGUUCCUCCAGAAUGAUAUUGGCACUCCUUAUCCGUUCCUCCAGAAUGAUAUCGGCACUCCUUAUCCGUUCCUCCAGAAUGAUAUUGGCACUCCUUAUCCGUUCCUCCAGAAUGAUAUCGGCACUCCUUAUCCGUUCCUCCAGAAUGAUAUCGGCACUCCUUAUCCGUUCCUCCAGAAUGAUAUUGGCACUCCUUAUCCGUUCCUCCAGAAUGAUAUUGGCACUCCUUAUCCGUUCCUCCAGAAUGAUAUUGGCACUCCUUAUCCGUUCCUCCAGAAUGAUAUUGGCACUCCUUAUCCGUUCCUCCAGAAUGAUAUUGGCACUCCUCAUCCGUUCCUCCAGAAUGAUAUUGGCACUCCUUAUCCGUUCCUCCAGAAUGAUAUUGGCACUCCUUAUCCGUUCCUCCAGAAUGAUAUUGGCACUCCUUAUCCGUUCCUCCAGAAUGAUAUUGGCACUCCUUAUCCGUUCCUCCAGAAUGAUAUUGGCACUCCUCAUCCGUUCCUCCAGAAUGAUAUCGGCACUCCUUAUCCGUUCCUCCAGAAUGAUAUUGGCACUCCUUAUCCGUUCCUCCAGAAUGAUAUCGGCACUCCUUAUCCGUUCCUCCAGAAUGAUAUCGGCACUCCUUAUCCGUUCCUCCAGAAUGAUAUUGGCACUCCUCAUCCGUUCCUCCAGAAUGAUAUUGGCACUCCUUAUCCGUUCCUCCAGAAUGAUAUCGGCACUCCUUAUCCGUUCCUCCAGAAUGAUAUUGGCACUCCUUAUCCGUUCCUCCAGAAUGAUAUCGGCACUCCUUAUCCGUUCCUCCAGAAUGAUAUUGGCACUCCUUAUCCGUUCCUCCAGAAUGAUAUUGGCACUCCUUCCUUCCCCAGAAUCCCCCCUUAUCCGUCCUCCAGAAUGAUAUUGGCACUCCUUAUCCGUUCCUCCAGAAUGAUAUUGGCACUCCUUAUCCGUUCCUCCAGAAUGAUAUUGGCACUCCUUAUCCGUUCCUCCAGAAUGAUAUUGGCACUCCUUAUCCGUUCCUCCAGAAUGAUAUUGGCACUCCUUAUCCGUUCCUCCAGAAUGAUAUUGGCACUCCUUAUCCGUUCCUCCAGAAUGAUAUUGGCACUCCUUAUCCGUUCCUCCAGAAUGAUAUUGGCACUCCUUAUCCGUUCCUCCAGAAUGAUAUCGGCACUCCUUAUCCGUUCCUCCAGAAUGAUAUUGGCACUCCUUAUCCGUUCCUCCAGAAUGAUAUUGGCACUCCUUAUCCGUUCCUCCAGAAUGAUAUUGGCACUCCUUAUCCGUUCCUCCAGAAUGAUAUUGGCACUCCUUAUCCGUUCCUCCAGAAUGAUAUUGGCACUCCUUAUCCGUUCCUCCAGAAUGAUAUUGGCACUCCUCAUCCGUUCCUCCAGAAUGAUAUUGGCACUCCUUAUCCGUUCCUCCAGAAUGAUAUUGGCACUCCUUAUCCGUUCCUCCAGAAUGAUAUUGGCACUCCUUAUCCGUUCCUCCAGAAUGAUAUCGGCACUCCUUAUCCGUUCCUCCAGAAUGAUAUUGGCACUCCUUAUCCGUUCCUCCAGAAUGAUAUCGGCACUCCUUAUCCGUUCCUCCAGAAUGAUAUCGGCACUCCUUAUCCGUUCCUCCAGAAUGAUAUCGGCACUCCUUAUCCGUUCCUCCAGAAUGAUAUUGGCACUCCUUAUCCGUUCCUCCAGAAUGAUAUUGGCACUCCUUAUCCGUUCCUCCAGAAUGAUAUUGGCACUCCUUAUCCGUUCCUCCAGAAUGAUAUCGGCACUCCUUAUCCGUUCCUCCAGAAUGAUAUCGGCACUCCUUAUCCGUUCCUCCAGAAUGAUAUUGGCACUCCUCAUCCGUUCCUCCAGAAUGAUAUUGGCACUCCUUAUCCGUUCCUCCAGAAUGAUAUCGGCACUCCUUAUCCGUUCCUCCAGAAUGAUAUUGGCACUCCUUAUCCGUUCCUCCAGAAUGAUAUCGGCACUCCUUAUCCGUUCCUCCAGAAUGAUAUUGGCACUCCUUAUCCGUUCCUCCAGAAUGAUAUUGGCACUCCUUAUCCGUUCCUCCAGAAUGAUAUUGGCACUCCUUAUCCGUUCCUCCAGAAUGAUAUUGGCACUCCUUAUCCGUUCCUCCAGAAUGAUAUUGGCACUCCUUAUCCAAUCAUAUCGGCACUCCUUAUCCAAUGAUAUCGGCACUCCUUAUCCGUUCCUCCAGAAUGAUAUUGGCACUCCUUAUCCGUUCCUCCAGAAUGAUAUUGGCACUCCUUAUCCGUUCCUCCAGAAUGAUAUUGGCACUCCUUAUCCGUUCCUCCAGAAUGAUAUCGACACUCCUUAUCCGUUCCUCCAGAAUGAUAUCGGCACUCCUUAUCCGUUCCUCCAGAAUGAUAUUGGCACUCCUCAUCCGUUCCUCCAGAAUGAUAUUGGCACUCCUCAUCCGUUCCUCCAGAAUGAUAUCGGCACUCCUUAUCCGUUCCUCCAGAAUGAUAUUGGCACUCCUCAUCCGUUCCUCCAGAAUGAUAUCGGCACUCCUUAUCCGUUCCUCCAGAAUGAUAUUGGCACUCCUUAUCCGUUCCUCCAGAAUGAUAUUGGCACUCCUCAUCCGUUCCUCCAGAAUGAUAUCGACACUCCUUAUCCGUUCCUCCAGAAUGAUAUUGGCACUCCUUAUCCGUUCCUCCAGAAUGAUAUCGGCACUCCUUAUCCGUUCCUCCAGAAUGAUAUUGGCACUCCUUAUCCGUUCCUCCAGAAUGAUAUUGGCACUCCUCAUCCGUUCCUCCAGAAUGAUAUUGGCACUCCUUAUCCGUUCCUCCAGAAUGAUAUCGACACUCCUUAUCCGUUCCUCCAGAAUGAUAUCGGCACUCCUUAUCCGUUCCUCCAGAAUGAUAUUGGCACUCCUUAUCCGUUCCUCCAGAAUGAUAUUGGCACUCCUCAUCCAAUGAUAUUGGCACUCCUCAUCCGUUCCUCCAGAAUGAUAUUGGCACUCCUCAUCCGUUCCUCCAGAAUGAUAUUGGCACUCCUUAUCCGUUCCUCCAGAAUGAUAUUGGCACUCCUUAUCCGUUCCUUCUCCAGAAAUGAUAUCGGCACUCCUUAUCCGUUCCUCCAGAAUGAUAUUGGCACUCCUUAUCCGUUCCUCCAGAAUGAUAUUGGCUUCCUGAUCCGUUCCUCCAGAAUGAUAUUGGCACUCCUUAUCCGUUCCUCCAGAAUGAUAUUGGCACUCCUUAUCCGUUCCUCCAGAAUGAUAUUGGCACUCCUCAUCCGUUCCUCCAGAAUGAUAUUGGCACUCCUUAUCCAAUCAUAUCGGCACUCCUUAUCCAAUGAUAUUGGCACUCCUUAUCCGUUCCUCCAGAAUGAUAUCGGCACUCCUUAUCCGUUCCUCCAGAAUGAUAUUGGCACUCCUUAUCCGUUCCUCCAGAAUGAUAUUGGCACUCCUUAUCCGUUCCUCCAGAAUGAUAUUGGCACUCCUUAUCCGUUCCUCCAGAAUGAUAUUGGCACUCCUUAUCCGUUCCUCCAGAAUGAUAUUGGCACUCCUUAUCCGUUCCUCCAGAAUGAUAUUGGCACUCCUCAUCCGUUCCUCCAGAAUGAUAUUGGCACUCCUUAUCCGUUCCUCCAGAAUCAUAUUGGCACUCCUUAUCCGUUCCUCCAGAAUGAUAUUGGCACUCCUUAUCCGUUCCUCCAGAAUGAUAUCGGCACUCCUUAUCCGUUCCUCCAGAAUCAUAUUGGCACUCCUUAUCCGUUCCUCCAGAAUGAUAUUGGCACUCCUUAUCCGUUCCUCCAGAAUGAUAUCGGCACUCCUUAUCCGUUCCUCCAGAAUGAUAUCGGCACUCCUUAUCCGUUCCUCCAGAAUGAUAUUGGCACUCCUUAUCCGUUCCUCCAGAAUGAUAUUGGCACUCCUUAUCCGUUCCUCCAGAAUGAUAUUGGCACUCCUUAUCCGUUCCUCCAGAAUGAUAUCGACACUCCUUAUCCGUUCCUCCAGAAUGAUAUCGGCACUCCUUAUCCGUUCCUCCAGAAUGAUAUUGGCACUCCUUAUCCGUUCCUCCAGAAUGAUAUUGGCACUCCUUAUCCGUUCCUCCAGAAUGAUAUCGGCACUCCUUAUCCGUUCCUCCAGAAUGAUAUUGGCACUCCUCAUCCGUUCCUCCAGAAUGAUAUCGGCACUCCUUAUCCGUUCCUCCAGAAUGAUAUCGGCACUCCUUAUCCGUUCCUCCAGAAUGAUAUCGGCACUCCUUAUCCGUUCCUCCAGAAUGAUAUUGGCACUCCUUAUCCGUUCCUCCAGAAUGAUAUCGGCACUCCUUAUCCGUUCCUCCAGAAUGAUAUCGGCACUCCUCAUCCGUUCCUCCAGAAUGAUAUCGGCACUCCUUAUCCGUUCCUCCAGAAUGAUAUCGGCACUCCUUAUCCGUUCCUCCAGAAUGAUAUCGGCACUCCUUAUCCGUUCCUCCAGAAUGAUAUCGGCACUCCUUAUCCGUUCCUCCAGAAUGAUAUCGGCACUCCUUAUCCGUUCCUCCAGAAUGAGUUGGCACUCCUUAUCCGUUCCUCCAGAAUGAUAUUGGCACUCCUUAUCCGUUCCUCCAGAAUGAUAUUGGCACUCCUUAUCCGUUCCUCCAGAAUGAUAUCGGCACUCCUUAUCCGUUCCUCCAGAAUGAUAUCGGCACUCCUUAUCCGUUCCUCCAGAAUGAUAUCGGCACUCCUUAUCCGUUCCUCCAGAAUGAUAUUGGCACUCCUCAUCCGUUCCUCCAGAAUGAUAUCGGCACUCCUUAUCCGUUCCUCCAGAAUGAUAUCGGCACUCCUUAUCCGUUCCUCCAGAAUGAUAUCGACACUCCUUAUCCGUUCCUCCAGAAUGAUAUCGGCACUCCUUAUCCGUUCCUCCAGAAUGAUAUCGGCACUCCUUAUCCGUUCCUCCAGAAUGAUAUCGGCACUCCUUAUCCGUUCCUCCAGAAUGAUAUCGGCACUCCUUAUCCGUUCCUCCAGAAUGAUAUCGGCACUCCUUAUCCGUUCCUCCAGAAUGAUAUCGGCACUCCUUAUCCGUUCCUCCAGAAUGAUAUCGGCACUCCUUAUCCGUUCCUCCAGAAUGAUAUCGGCACUCCUCAUCCGUUCCUCCAGAAUGAUAUCGGCACUCCUCAUUGAUAUCGGCACUCCUUAUCCGUUCCUCCAGAAUGAUAUUGGCACUCCUCAUCCGUUCCUCCAGAAUGAUAUCGGCACUCCUUAUCCGUUCCUCCAGAAUGAUAUCGGCACUCCUUAUCCGUUCCUCCAGAAUGAUAUCGGCACUCCUUAUCCGUUCCUCCAGAAUGAUAUCGGCACUCCUUAUCCGUUCCUCCAGAAUGAUAUUGGCACUCCUUAUCCGUUCCUCCAGAAUGAUAUUGGCACUCCUUAUCCGUUCCUCCAGAAUGAUAUCGGCACUCCUUAUCCGUUCCUCCAGAAUGAUAUUGGCACUCCUUAUCCGUUCCUCCAGAAUGAUAUUGGCACUCCUUAUCCGUUCCUCCAGAAUGAUAUUGGCACUCCUUAUCCGUUCCUCCAGAAUGAUAUUGGCACUCCUUAUCCGUUCCUCCAGAAUGAUAUUGGCACUCCUUAUCCGUUCCUCCAGAAUGAUAUUGGCACUCCUUAUCCGUUCCUCCAGAAUGAUAUUGGCACUCCUUAUCCGUUCCUCCAGAAUGAUAUUGGCACUCCUUAUCCGUUCCUCCAGAAUGAUAUUGGCACUCCUUAUCCGUUCCUCCAGAAUGAUAUUGGCACUCCUCAUCCGUUCCUCCAGAAUGAUAUUGGCACUCCUUAUCCGUUCCUCCAGAAUGAUAUCGGCACUCCUUAUCCGUUCCUCCAGAAUGAUAUCGGCACUCCUUAUCCGUUCCUCCAGAAUGAUAUCGGCACUCCUCAUCCGUUCCUCCAGAAUGAUAUCGGCACUCCUUAUCCGUUCCUCCAGAAUGAUAUUGGCACUCCUUAUCCGUUCCUCCAGAAUGAUAUCGGCACUCCUUAUCCGUUCCUCCAGAAUGAUAUCGGCACUCCUUAUCCGUUCCUCCAGAAUGAUAUCGGCACUCCUUAUCCGUUCCUCCAGAAUGAUAUUGGCACUCCUUAUCCGUUCCUCCAGAAUGAUAUUGGCACUCCUUAUCCGUUCCUCCAGAAUGAUAUCGGCACUCCUUAUCCGUUCCUCCAGAAUGAUAUUGGCACUCCUUAUCCGUUCCUCCAGAAUGAUAUUGGCACUCCUUAUCCGUUCCUCCAGAAUGAUAUUGGCACUCCUUAUCCGUUCCUCCAGAAUGAUAUUGGCACUCCUUAUCCGUUCCUCCAGAAUGAUAUUGGCACCUCUUAUCCGUUCCUCCAGAAUGAUAUCGGCACUCCUUAUCCGUUCCUCCAGAAUGAUAUUGGCACUCCUUAUCCGUUCCUCCAGAAUGAUAUCGGCACUCCUUAUCCGUUCCUCCAGAAUGAUAUCGGCACUCCUUAUCCGUUCCUCCAGAAUGAUAUUGGCACUCCUUAUCCGUUCCUCCUUAUACUCCUCCUUAUGUUCCUCCAGAAUGAUAUUGGCACUCCUUAUCCGUUCCUCCAGAAUGAUAUUGGCACUCCUUAUCCGUUCCUCCAGAAUGAUAUUGGCACUCCUCAUCCGUUCCUCCAGAAUGAUAUCGGCACUCCUUAUCCGUUCCUCCAGAAUGAUAUUGGCACUCCUUAUCCGUUCCUCCAGAAUGAUAUUGGCACUCCUUAUCCGUUCCUCCAGAAUGAUAUCGGCACUCCUUAUCCGUUCCUCCAGAAUGAUAUUGGCACUCCUUAUCCGUUCCUCCAGAAUGAUAUCGGCACUCCUUAUCCGUUCCUCCAGAAUGAUAUCGGCACUCCUUAUCCGUUCCUCCAGAAUGAUAUUGGCACUCCUUAUCCGUUCCUCCAGAAUGAUAUUGGCACUCCUUAUCCGUUCCUCCAGAAUGAUAUCGGCACUCCUUAUCCGUUCCUCCAGAAUGAUAUCGGCACUCCUUAUCCGUUCCUCCAGAAUGAUAUCGGCACUCCUUAUCCGUUCCUCCAGAAUGAUAUUGGCACUCCUCAUCCGUUCCUCCAGAAUGAUAUUGGCACUCCUUAUCCGUUCCUCCAGAAUGAUAUCGGCACUCCUUAUCCGUUCCUCCAGAAUGAUAUUGGCACUCCUUAUCCGUUCCUCCAGAAUGAUAUCGGCACUCCUUAUCCGUUCCUCCAGAAUGAUAUUGGCACUCCUUAUCCGUUCCUCCAGAAUGAUAUUGGCACUCCUUAUCCGUUCCUCCAGAAUGAUAUUGGCACUCCUUAUCCGUUCCUCCAGAAUGAUAUCGGCACUCCUUAUCCGUUCCUCCAGAAUGAUAUCGGCACUCCUUAUCCGUUCCUCCAGAAUGAUAUUGGCACUCCUUAUCCGUUCCUCCAGAAUGAUAUUGGCACUCCUUAUCCGUUCCUCCAGAAUGAUAUCGGCACUCCUUAUCCGUUCCUCCAGAAUGAUAUUGGCACUCCUUAUCCGUUCCUCCAGAAUGAUAUCGGCACUCCUUAUCCGUUCCUCCAGAAUGAUAUUGGCACUCCUUAUCCGUUCCUCCAGAAUGAUAUUGGCACUCCUUAUCCGUUCCUCCAGAAUGAUAUUGGCACUCCUCAUCCGUUCCUCCAGAAUGAUAUCGGCACUCCUUAUCCGUUCCUCCAGAAUGAUAUCGGCACUCCUUAUCCGUUCCUCCAGAAUGUAUAUGGCACUCCUUAUCCGUUCCUCCAGAAUGAUAUUGGCACUCCUCAUCCGUUCCUCCAGAAUGAUAUUGGCACUCCUUAUCCGUUCCUCCAGAAUGAUAUUGGCACUCCUUAUCCGUUCCUCCAGAAUGAUAUUGGCACUCCUUAUCCGUUCCUCCAGAAUGAUAUUGGCACUCCUUAUCCGUUCCUCCAGAAUGAUAUUGGCACUCCUUAUCCGUUCCUCCAGAAUGAUAUCGGCACUCCUCAUCCGUUCCUCCAGAAUGAUAUCGGCACUCCUUAUCCGUUCCUCCAGAAUGAUAUUGGCACUCCUUAUCCGUUCCUCCAGAAUGAUAUUGGCACUCCUUAUCCGUUCCUCCAGAAUGAUAUUGGCACUCCUUAUCCGUUCCUCCAGAAUGAUAUUGGCACUCCUUAUCCGUUCCUCCAGAAUGAUAUUGGCACUCCUUAUCCGUUCCUCCAGAAUGAUAUUGGCACUCCUUAUCCGUUCCUCCAGAAUGAUAUUGGCACUCCUUAUCCGUUCCUCCAGAAUGAUAUUGGCACUCCUUAUCCGUUCCUCCAGAAUGAUAUCGGCACUCCUUAUCCGUUCCUCCAGAAUGAUAUUGGCACUCCUUAUCCGUUCCUCCAGAAUGAUAUUGGCACUCCUUAUCCGUUCCUCCAGAAUGAUAUUGGCACUCCUUAUCCGUUCCUCCAGAAUGAUAUCGGCACUCCUUAUCCGUUCCUCCAGAAUGAUAUUGGCACUCCUUAUCCGUUCCUCCAGAAUGAUAUUGGCACUCCUUAUCCGUUCCUCCAGAAUGAUAUCGGCACUCCUUAUCCGUUCCUCCAGAAUGAUAUUGGCACUCCUUAUCCGUUCCUCCAGAAUGAUAUUGGCACUCCUUAUCCGUUCCUCCAGAAUGAUAUUGGCACUCCUUAUCCGUUCCUCCAGAAUGAUAUUGGCACUCCUUAUCCGUUCCUCCAGAAUGAUAUUGGCACUCCUCAUCCGUUCCUCCAGAAUGAUAUUGGCACUCCUUAUCCGUUCCUCCAGAAUGAUAUUGGCACUCCUUAUCCGUUCCUCCAGAAUGAUAUUGGCACUCCUUAUCCGUUCCUCCAGAAUGAUAUCGGCACUCCUUAUCCGUUCCUCCAGAAUGAUAUUGGCACUCCUUAUCCGUUCCUCCAGAAUGAUAUCGGCACUCCUUAUCCGUUCCUCCAGAAUGAUAUCGGCACUCCUUAUCCGUUCCUCCAGAAUGAUAUCGGCACUCCUUAUCCGUUCCUCCAGAAUGAUAUUGGCACUCCUUAUCCGUUCCUCCAGAAUGAUAUUGGCACUCCUUAUCCGUUCCUCCAGAAUGAUAUUGGCACUCCUUAUCCGUUCCUCCAGAAUGAUAUCGGCACUCCUUAUCCGUUCCUCCAGAAUGAUAUUGGCACUCCUUAUCCGUUCCUCCAGAAUGAUAUUGGCACUCCUUAUCCAAUGAUAUUGGCACUCCUUAUCCGUUCCUUAUCCAAUGAUAUCGGCACUCCUUAUCCGUUCCUCCAGAAUGAUAUCGGCACUCCUUAUCCGUUCCUCCAGAAUGAUAUUGGCACUCCUUAUCCGUUCCUCCAGAAUGAUAUUGGCACUCCUUAUCCGUUCCUCCAGAAUGAUAUCGACACUCCUUAUCCGUUCCUCCAGAAUGAUAUUGGCACUCCUUAUCCGUUCCUCCAGAAUGAUAUUGGCACUCCUUAUCCGUUCCUCCAGAAUGAUAUUGGCACUCCUUAUCCGUUCCUCCAGAAUGAUAUUGGCACUCCUUAUCCGUUCCUCCAGAAUGAUAUUGGCACUCCUUAUCCGUUCCUCCAGAAUGAUAUCGGCACUCCUUAUCCGUUCCUCCAGAAUGAUAUUGGCACUCCUCAUCCGUUCCUCCAGAAUGAUAUUGGCACUCCUUAUCCGUUCCUCCAGAAUGAUAUCGGCACUCCUUAUCCGUUCCUCCAGAAUGAUAUCGGCACUCCUUAUCCGUUCCUCCAGAAUGAUAUUGGCACUCCUUAUCCGUUCCUCCAGAAUGAUAUUGGCACUCCUUAUCCGUUCCUCCAGAAUGAUAUUGGCACUCCUUAUCCGUUCCUCCAGAAUGAUAUCGACACUCCUUAUCCGUUCCUCCAGAAUGAUAUCGGCACUCCUUAUCCGUUCCUCCAGAAUGAUAUUGGCACUCCUUAUCCGUUCCUCCAGAAUGAUAUUGGCACUCCUUAUCCGUUCCUCCAGAAUGAUAUUGGCACUCCUCAUCCGUUCCUCCAGAAUGAUAUUGGCACUCCUUAUCCGUUCCUCCAGAAUGAUAUUGGCACUCCUUAUCCGUUCCUCCAGAAUGAUAUUGGCACUCCUUAUCCGUUCCUCCAGAAUGAUAUUGGCACUCCUUAUCCGUUCCUCCAGAAUGAUAUUGGCACUCCUCAUCCGUUCCUCCAGAAUGAUAUUGGCACUCCUUAUCCGUUCCUCCAGAAUGAUAUUGGCACUCCUUAUCCGUUCCUCCAGAAUGAUAUCGGCACUCCUUAUCCGUUCCUCCAGAAUGAUAUUGGCACUCCUUAUCCGUUCCUCCAGAAUGAUAUUGGCACUCCUUAUCCGUUCCUCCAGAAUGAUAUUGGCACUCCUUAUCCGUUCCUCCAGAAUGAUAUUGGCACUCCUUAUCCGUUCCUCCAGAAUGAUAUUGGCACUCCUUAUCCGUUCCUCCAGAAUGAUAUUGGCACUCCUUAUCCGUUCCUCCAGAAUGAUAUUGGCACUCCUUAUCCGUUCCUCCAGAAUGAUAUUGGCACUCCUUAUCCGUUCCUCCAGAAUGAUAUCGGCACUCCUUAUCCGUUCCUCCAGAAUGAUAUUGGCACUCCUUAUCCGUUCCUCCAGAAUGAUAUCGGCACUCCUUAUCCGUUCCUCCAGAAUGAUAUCGGCACUCCUUAUCCGUUCCUCCAGAAUGAUAUCGGCACUCCUUAUCCGUUCCUCCAGAAUGAUAUUGGCACUCCUUAUCCGUUCCUCCAGAAUGAUAUUGGCACUCCUUAUCCGUUCCUCCAGAAUGAUAUUGGCACUCCUUAUCCGUUCCUCCAGAAUGAUAUCGGCACUCCUUAUCCGUUCCUCCAGAAUGAUAUCGGCACUCCUUAUCCGUUCCUCCAGAAUGAUAUCGGCAUACUCUUAUCCAAUGAUAUUGGCACUCCUCAUCCGUUCCUCCAGAAUGAUAUUGGCACUCCUUAUCCGUUCCUCCAGAAUGAUAUUGGCACUCCUUAUCCGUUCCUCCAGAAUGAUAUCGGCACUCCUUAUCCGUUCCUCCAGAAUGAUAUUGGCACUCCUUAUCCGUUCCUCCAGAAUGAUAUUGGCACUCCUUAUCCGUUCCUCCAGAAUGAUAUCGGCACUCCUUAUCCGUUCCUCCAGAAUGAUAUUGGCACUCCUUAUCCGUUCUCCCAGAAUGAUAUCGGCACUCCUUAUCCGUUCCUCCAGAAUGAUAUUGGCACUCCUUAUCCAAUGAUAUCGGCACUCCUUAUCCGUUCCUCCAGAAUGAUAUGGCACCUCCUAUCCAAUGAUAUUGGCACUCCUUAUCCGUUCCUCCAGAAUGAUAUUGGCACUCCUUAUCCGUUCCUCCAGAAUGAUAUUGGCACUCCUCAUCCGUUCCUCCAGAAUGAUAUUGGCACUCCUUAUCCGUUCCUCCAGAAUGAUAUUGGCACUCCUUAUCCGUUCCUCCAGAAUGAUAUCGGCACUCCUUAUCCGUUCCUCCAGAAUGAUAUUGGCACUCCUCAUCCGUUCCUCCAGAAUGAUAUUGGCACUCCUUAUCCGUUCCUCCAGAAUGAUAUCGACACUCCUUAUCCGUUCCUCCAGAAUGAUAUUGGCACUCCUUAUCCGUUCCUCCAGAAUGAUAUCGGCACUCCUUAUCCGUUCCUCCAGAAUGAUAUUGGCACUCCUCAUCCGUUCCUCCAGAAUGAUAUUGGCACUCCUCAUCCGUUCCUCCAGAAUGAUAUCGACACUCCUUAUCCGUUCCUCCAGAAUGAUAUUGGCACUCCUUAUCCGUUCCUCCAGAAUGAUAUUGGCACUCCUUAUCCGUUCCUCCAGAAUGAUAUUGGCACUCCUCAUCCGUUCCUCCAGAAUGAUAUUGGCACUCCUUAUCCGUUCCUCCAGAAUGAUAUUGGCACUCCUCAUCCGUUCCUCCAGAAUGAUAUCGGCACUCCUUAUCCGUUCCUCCAGAAUGAUAUUGGCACUCCUUAUCCGUUCCUCCAGAAUGAUAUUGGCACUCCUUAUCCGUUCCUCCAGAAUGAUAUUGGCACUCCUUAUCCGUUCCUCCAGAAUGAUAUUGGCACUCCUUAUCCGUUCCUCCAGAAUGAUAUUGGCACUCCUUAUCCGUUCCUCCAGAAUGAUAUCGGCACUCCUUAUCCGUUCCUCCAGAAUGAUAUUGGCACUCCUUAUCCGUUCCUCCAGAAUGAUAUUGGCACUCCUUAUCCGUUCCUCCAGAAUGAUAUCGGCACUCCUUAUCCGUUCCUCCAGAAUGAUAUCGGCACUCCUUAUCCGUUCCUCCAGAAUGAUAUUGGCACUCCUUAUCCGUUCCUCCAGAAUGAUAUUGGCACUCCUUAUCCGUUCCUCCAGAAUGAUAUUGGCACUCCUUAUCCGUUCCUCCAGAAUGAUAUCGGCACUCCUUAUCCGUUCCUCCAGAAUGAUAUCGGCACUCCUUAUCCGUUCCUCCAGAAUGAUAUUGGCACUCCUUAUCCGUUCCUCCAGAAUCAUAUUGGCACUCCUUAUCCGUUCCUCCAGAAUGAUAUUGGCACUCCUUAUUCCCUGAUCCGUUAUCCUCAGAAUGAUAUCGGCACUCCUUAUCCGUUCCUCCAGAAUCAUAUCGGCACUCCUUAUCCGUUCCUCCAGAAUGAUAUUGGCACUCCUCAUCCGUUCCUCCAGAAUGAUAUUGGCACUCCUUAUCCGUUCCUCCAGAAUGAUAUUGGCACUCCUCAUCCGUUCCUCCAGAAUGAUAUCGGCACUCCUUAUCCGUUCCUCCAGAAUGAUAUCGGCACUCCUUAUCCGUUCCUCCAGAAUGAUAUUGGCACUCCUUAUCCGUUCCUCCAGAAUGAUAUUGGCACUCCUUAUCCGUUCCUCCAGAAUGAUAUUGGCACUCCUUAUCCGUUCCUCCAGAAUGAUAUUGGCACUCCUCAUCCGUUCCUCCAGAAUGAUAUUGGCACUCCUUAUCCGUUCCUCCAGAAUGAUAUUGGCACUCCUUAUCCGUUCCUCCAGAAUGAUAUUGGCACUCCUUAUCCGUUCCUCCAGAAUGAUAUCGGCACUCCUUAUCCGUUCCUCCAGAAUGAUAUUGGCACUCCUUAUCCGUUCCUCCAGAAUGAUAUUGGCACUCCUUAUCCGUUCCUCCAGAAUGAUAUCGGCACUCCUUAUCCGUUCCUCCAGAAUGAUAUCGGCACUCCUUAUCCGUUCCUCCAGAAUGAUAUUGGCACUCCUUAUCCGUUCCUCCAGAAUGAUAUUGGCACUCCUUAUCCGUUCCUCCAGAAUGAUAUUGGCACUCCUUAUCCGUUCCUCCAGAAUGAUAUCGGCACUCCUUAUCCGUUCCUCCAGAAUGAUAUCGGCACUCCUUAUCCGUUCCUCCAGAAUGAUAUUGGCACUCCUUAUCCGUUCCUCCAGAAUGAUAUUGGCACUCCUCAUCCGUUCCUCCAGAAUGAUAUCGGCACUCCUUAUCCGUUCCUCCAGAAUGAUAUUGGCACUCCUUAUCCGUUCCUCCAGAAUGAUAUUGGCACUCCUUAUCCGUUCCUCCAGAAUGAUAUUGGCACUCCUUAUCCGUUCCUCCAGAAUGAUAUCGGCACUCCUCAUCCGUUCCUCCAGAAUGAUAUUGGCACUCCUCAUCCGUUCCUCCAGAAUGAUAUUGGCACUCCUUAUCCGUUCCUCCAGAAUGAUAUCGGCACUCCUUAUCCGUUCCUCCAGAAUGAUAUCGACACUCCUUAUCCGUUCCUCCAGAAUGAUAUCGGCACUCCUUAUCCGUUCCUCCAGAAUGAUAUUGGCACUCCUCAUCCGUUCCUCCAGAAUGAUAUUGGCACUCCUCAUCCGUUCCUCCAGAAUGAUAUCGGCACUCCUUAUCCGUUCCUCCAGAAUGAUAUCGGCACUCCUUAUCCGUUCCUCCAGAAUGAUAUCGGCACUCCUUAUCCGUUCCUCCAGAAUGAUAUUGGCACUCCUUAUCCGUUCCUCCAGAAUGAUAUUGGCACUCCUUAUCCGUUCCUCCAGAAUGAUAUUGGCACUCCUUAUCCGUUCCUCCAGAAUGAUAUUGGCACUCCUUAUCCGUUCCUCCAGAAUGAUAUUGGCACUCCUUAUCCGUUCCUCCAGAAUGAUAUUGGCACUCCUUAUCCGUUCCUCCAGAAUGAUAUUGGCACUCCUCAUCCGUUCCUCCAGAAUGAUAAUUGCACAUCCUUAUCCAAUGAUAUUGGCACUCCUUAUCCGUUCCUCCAGAAUGAUAUUGGCACUCCUCAUCCGUUCCUCCAGAAUGAUAUUGGCACUCCUUAUCCGUUCCUCCAGAAUGAUAUUGGCACUCCUUAUCCGUUCCUCCAGAUCAUAUCGGCACUCCUUAUCCGUUCCUCCAGAAUGAUAUUGGCACUCCUCAUCCGUUCCUCCAGAAUGAUAUUGGCACUCCUUAUCCGUUCCUCCAGAAUGAUAUCGGCACUCCUUAUCCGUUCCUCCAGAAUGAUAUCGGCACUCCUUAUCCGUUCCUCCAGAAUGAUAUUGGCACUCCUUAUCCGUUCCUCCAGAAUGAUAUUGGCACUCCUUAUCCGUUCCUCCAGAAUGAUAUUGGCACUCCUUAUCCGUUCCUCCAGAAUGAUAUCGGCACUCCUUAUCCGUUCCUCCAGAAUGAUAUCGGCACUCCUUAUCCGUUCCUCCAGAAUGAUAUUGGCACUCCUUAUCCGUUCCUCCAGAAUGAUAUUGGCACUCCUUAUCCGUUCCUCCAGAAUGAUAUCGGCACUCCUUAUCCGUUCCUCCAGAAUGAUAUCGGCACUCCUUAUCCGUUCCUCCAGAAUGAUAUCGGCACUCCUCAUCCGUUCCUCCAGAAUGAUCAGAAUCCUUCCGUCUCCGCAUAUCGCCAAUCCUUAUCCGUUCCUCCAGAAUGAUAUUGGCACUCCUUAUCCGUUCCUCCAGAAUGAUAUUGGCACUCCUCAUCCGUUCCUCCAGAAUGAUAUCGGCACUCCUUAUCCGUUCCUCCAGAAUGAUAUCGGCACUCCUUAUCCGUUCCUCCAGAAUGAUAUUGGCACUCCUCAUCCGUUCCUCCAGAAUGAUAUUGGCACUCCUUAUCCGUUCCUCCAGAAUGAUAUUGGCACUCCUUAUCCGUUCCUCCAGAAUGAUAUUGGCACUCCUUAUCCAAUGAUAUUGGCACUCCUUAUCCGUUCCUCCAUAUCAUAUCGGCACUCCUUAUCCAAUGAUAUCGGCACUCCUUAUCCGUUCCUCCAGAAUGAUAUCGGCACUCCUUAUCCGUUCCUCCAGAAUGAUAUUGGCACUCCUUAUCCGUUCCUCCAGAAUGAUAUUGGCACUCCUUAUCCGUUCCUCCAGAAUGAUAUUGGCACUCCUUAUCCGUUCCUCCAGAAUGAUAUCGACACUCCUUAUCCGUUCCUCCAGAAUGAUAUCGGCACUCCUUAUCCGUUCCUCCAGAAUGAUAUUGGCACUCCUUAUCCGUUCCUCCAGAAUGAUAUUGGCACUCCUCAUCCGUUCCUCCAGAAUGAUAUCGGCACUCCUUAUCCGUUCCUCCAGAAUGAUAUUGGCACUCCUUAUCCGUUCCUCCAGAAUGAUAUCGACACUCCUUAUCCGUUCCUCCAGAAUGAUAUCGGCACUCCUUAUCCGUUCCUCCAGAAUGAUAUUGGCACUCCUUAUCCGUUCCUCCAGAAUGAUAUUGGCACUCCUUAUCCGUUCCUCCAGAAUGAUAUUGGCACUCCUCAUCCGUUCCUCCAGAAUGAUAUUGGCACUCCUUAUCCGUUCCUCCAGAAUGAUAUCGACACUCCUUAUCCGUUCCUCCAGAAUGAUAUCGGCACUCCUUAUCCGUUCCUCCAGAAUGAUAUUGGCACUCCUUAUCCGUUCCUCCAGAAUCAUAUUGGCACUCCUUAUCCGUUCCUCCAGAAUGAUAUUGGCACUCCUUAUCCGUUCCUCCAGAAUGAUAUCGGCACUCCUUAUCCGUUCCUCCAGAAUGAUAUCGGCACUCCUUAUCCGUUCCUCCAGAAUGAUAUUGGCACUCCUCAUCCGUUCCUCCAGAAUGAUAUUGGCACUCCUUAUCCGUUCCUCCAGAAUGAUAUUGGCACUCCUCAUCCGUUCCUCCAGAAUGAUAUCGGCACUCCUUAUCCGUUCCUCCAGAAUGAUAUCGGCACUCCUUAUCCGUUCCUCCAGAAUGAUAUUGGCACUCCUUAUCCGUUCCUCCAGAAUGAUAUUGGCACUCCUUAUCCGUUCCUCCAGAAUGAUAUUGGCACUCCUCAUCCGUUCCUCCAGAAUGAUAUUGGCACUCCUUAUCCGUUCCUCCAGAAUGAUAUUGGCACUCCUUAUCCGUUCCUCCAGAAUGAUAUUGGCACUCCUCAUCCGUUCCUCCAGAAUGAUAUUGGCACUCCUUAUCCGUUCCUCCAGAAUGAUAUUGGCACUCCUUAUCCGUUCCUCCAGAAUGAUAUUGGCACUCCUUAUCCGUUCCUCCAGAAUGAUAUCGGCACUCCUUAUCCGUUCCUCCAGAAUGAUAUUGGCACUCCUUAUCCGUUCCUCCAGAAUGAUAUUGGCACUCCUUAUCCGUUCCUCCAGAAUGAUAUCGGCACUCCUUAUCCGUUCCUCCAGAAUGAUAUUGGCACUCCUUAUCCGUUCCUCCAGAAUGAUAUUGGCACUCCUUAUCCGUUCCUCCAGAAUGAUAUUGGCACUCCUUAUCCGUUCCUCCAGAAUGAUAUUGGCACUCCUUAUCCGUUCCUCCAGAAUGAUAUCGACACUCCUUAUCCAAUGAUAUCGACACUCCAGAAUGAUAUUGGCACUCCUUAUCCGUUCCUCCAGAAUGAUAUUGGCACUCCUUAUCCGUUCCUCCAGAAUGAUAUUGGCACUCCUCAUCCGUUCCUCCAGAAUGAUAUUGGCACUCCUUAUCCGUUCCUCCAGAAUGAUAUUGGCACUCCUUAUCCGUUCCUCCAGAAUGAUAUUGGCACUCCUUAUCCGUUCCUCCAGAAUGAUAUCGGCACUCCUUAUCCGUUCCUCCAGAAUGAUAUUGGCACUCCUUAUCCGUUCCUCCAGAAUGAUAUUGGCACUCCUUAUCCGUUCCUCCAGAAUGAUAUCGGCACUCCUUAUCCGUUCCUCCAGAAUGAUAUCGGCACUCCUUAUCCGUUCCUCCAGAAUGAUAUUGGCACUCCUUAUCCGUUCCUCCAGAAUGAUAUUGGCACUCCUUAUCCGUUCCUCCAGAAUGAUAUUGGCACUCCUUAUCCGUUCCUCCAGAAUGAUAUCGACACUCCUUAUCCGUUCCUCCAGAAUGAUAUCGGCACUCCUUAUCCGUUCCUCCAGAAUGAUAUUGGCACUCCUUAUCCGUUCCUCCAGAAUGAUAUUGGCACUCCUCAUCCGUUCCUCCAGAAUGAUAUCGGCACUCCUUAUCCGUUCCUCCAGAAUGAUAUUGGCACUCCUUAUCCGUUCCUCCAGAAUGAUAUUGGCACUCCUUAUCCGUUCCUCCAGAAUGAUAUUGGCACUCCUUAUCCGUUCCUCCAGAAUGAUAUCGACACUCCUUAUCCGUUCCUCCAGAAUGAUAUCGGCACUCCUUAUCCGUUCCUCCAGAAUGAUAUUGGCACUCCUUAUCCGUUCCUCCAGAAUGAUAUUGGCACUCCUUAUCCGUUCCUCCAGAAUGAUAUCGGCACUCCUUAUCCGUUCCUCCAGAAUGAUAUCGGCACUCCUUAUCCGUUCCUCCAGAAUGAUAUCGGCACUCCUUAUCCGUUCCUCCAGAAUGAUAUUGGCACUCCUUAUCCGUUCCUCCAGAAUGAUAUUGGCACUCCUCAUCCGUUCCUCCAGAAUGAUAUCGGCACUCCUUAUCCGUUCCUCCAGAAUGAUAUCGGCACUCCUUAUCCGUUCCUCCAGAAUGAUAUUGGCACUCCUUAUCCGUUCCUCCAGAAUGAUAUUGGCACUCCUUAUCCGUUCCUCCAGAAUGAUAUUGGCACUCUCCUAUCCAAUGAUAUUGGCACUCCUUAUCCGUUCCUCCAGAAUGAUAUCGGCACUCCUUAUCCGUUCCUCCAGAAUGAUAUCGACACUCCUUAUCCGUUCCUCCAGAAUGAUAUCGGCACUCCUUAUCCGUUCCUCCAGAAUGAUAUUGGCACUCCUUAUCCGUUCCUCCAGAAUGAUAUUGGCACUCCUUAUCCGUUCCUCCAGAAUGAUAUUGGCACUCCUCAUCCGUUCCUCCAGAAUGAUAUCGGCACUCCUUAUCCGUUCCUCCAGAAUGAUAUUGGCACUCCUCAUCCGUUCCUCCAGAAUGAUAUUGGCACUCCUUAUCCGUUCCUCCAGAAUGAUAUUGGCACUCCUUAUCCGUUCCUCCAGAAUGAUAUCGGCACUCCUUAUCCGUUCCUCCAGAAUGAUAUCGGCACUCCUUAUCCGUUCCUCCAGAAUGAUAUUGGCACUCCUUAUCCGUUCCUCCAGAAUGAUAUUGGCACUCCUUAUCCGUUCCUCCAGAAUGAUAUUGGCACUCCUUAUCCGUUCCUCCAGAAUGAUAUUGGCACUCCUUAUCCGUUCCUCCAGAAUGAUAUUGGCACUCCUUAUCCGUUCCUCCAGAAUGAUAUUGGCACUCCUUAUCCGUUCCUCCAGAAUGAUAUUGGCACUCCUUAUCCGUUCCUCCAGAAUGAUAUCGGCACUCCUUAUCCGUUCCUCCAGAAUGAUAUUGGCACUCCUUAUCCGUUCCUCCAGAAUGAUAUUGGCACUCCUUAUCCGUUCCUCCAGAAUGAUAUUGGCACUCCUCAUCCGUUCCUCCAGAAUGAUAUUGGCACUCCUUAUCCGUUCCUCCAGAAUGAUAUUGGCACUCCUUAUCCGUUCCUCCAGAAUGAUAUCGGCACUCCUUAUCCGUUCCUCCAGAAUGAUAUUGGCACUCCUUAUCCGUUCCUCCAGAAUGAUAUUGGCACUCCUUAUCCGUUCCUCCAGAAUGAUAUUGGCACUCCUUAUCCGUUCCUCCAGAAUGAUAUUGGCACUCCUCAUCCGUUCCUCCAGAAUGAUAUCGGCACUCCUCAUCCGUUCCUCCAGAAUGAUAUUGGCACUCCUUAUCCGUUCCUCCAGAAUGAUAUUGGCACUCCUUAUCCGUUCCUCCAGAAUGAUAUUGGCACUCCUUAUCCGUUCCUCCAGAAUGAUAUCGACACUCCUUAUCCGUUCCUCCAGAAUGAUAUUGGCACUCCUUAUCCGUUCCUCCAGAAUGAUAUUGGCACUCCUUAUCCGUUCCUCCAGAAUGAUAUCGGCACUCCUUAUCCAAUGAUAUUGGCACUCCUCAUCCGUUCCUCCAGAAUGAUAUUGGCACUCCUUAUCCAAUCAUAUUGGCACUCCUUAUCCUUUCCUCUCCAGAAUGAUAUUGGCACUCCUUAUCCGUUCCUCCAGAAUGAUAUUGGCACUCCUUAUCCGUUCCUCCAGAAUGAUAUUGGCACUCCUUAUCCGUUCCUCCAGAAUGAUAUUGGCACUCCUCAUCCGUUCCUCCAGAAUGAUAUUGGCACUCCUUAUCCGUUCCUCCAGAAUGAUAUUGGCACUCCUUAUCCGUUCCUCCAGAAUGAUAUUGGCACUCCUUAUCCGUUCCUCCAGAAUGAUAUCGGCACUCCUUAUCCGUUCCUCCAGAAUCAUAUUGGCACUCCUCAUCCGUUCCUCCAGAAUGAUAUCGGCACUCCUUAUCCGUUCCUCCAGAAUGAUAUCGGCACUCCUUAUCCGUUCCUCCAGAAUGAUAUCGGCACUCCUUAUCCGUUCCUCCAGAAUGAUAUUGGCACUCCUUAUCCGUUCCUCCAGAAUGAUAUUGGCACUCCUUAUCCGUUCCUCCAGAAUGAUAUUGGCACUCCUUAUCCGUUCCUCCAGAAUGAUAUCGGCACUCCUUAUCCGUUCCUCCAGAAUGAUAUCGGCACUCCUUAUCCGUUCCUCCAGAAUGAUAUUGGCACUCCUUAUCCGUUCCUCCAGAAUGAUAUUGGCACUCCUUAUCCGUUCCUCCAGAAUGAUAUUGGCACUCCUUAUCCGUUCCUCCAGAAUGAUAUUGGCACUCCUUAUCCGUUCCUCCAGAAUGAUAUUGGCACUCCUUAUCCGUUCCUCCAGAAUGAUAUUGGCACUCCUCAUCCGUUCCUCCAGAAUGAUAUUGGCACUCCUUAUCCGUUCCUCCAGAAUGAUAUCGGCACUCCUUAUCCGUUCCUCCAGAAUGAUAUCGGCACUCCUUAUCCGUUCCUCCAGAAUGAUAUUGGCACUCCUUAUCCGUUCCUCCAGAAUGAUAUUGGCACUCCUUAUCCGUUCCUCCAGAAUGAUAUUGGCACUCCUUAUCCGUUCCUCCAGAAUGAUAUCGGCACUCCUUAUCCGUUCCUCCAGAAUGAUAUUGGCACUCCUUAUCCGUUCCUCCAGAAUGAUAUUGGCACUCCUUAUCCGUUCCUCCAGAAUGAUAUCGGCACUCCUCAUCCGUUCCUCCAGAAUGAUAUCGGCACUCCUCAUCCGUUCCUCCAGAAUGAUAUCGGCACUCCUCAUCCGUUCCUCCAGAAUGAUAUCGGCACUCCUUAUCCGUUCCUCCAGAAUGAUAUUGGCACUCCUUAUCCGUUCCUCCAGAAUGAUAUCGGCACUCCUUAUCCGUUCCUCCAGAAUGAUAUCGGCACUCCUUAUCCGUUCCUCCAGAAUGAUAUUGGCACUCCUUAUCCGUUCCUCCAGAAUGAUAUUGGCACUCCUUAUCCGUUCCUCCAGAAUGAUAUCGGCACUCCUUAUCCGUUCCUCCAGAAUGAUAUUGGCACUCCUUAUCCGUUCCUCCAGAAUGAUAUCGGCACUCCUUAUCCGUUCCUCCAGAAUGAUAUCGGCACUCCUUAUCCGUUCCUCCAGAAUGAUAUUGGCACUCCUUAUCCGUUCCUCCAGAAUGAUAUUGGCACUCCUUAUCCGUUCCUCCAGAAUGAUAUCGGCACUCCUUAUCCGUUCCUCCAGAAUGAUAUCGGCACUCCUUAUCCGUUCCUCCAGAAUGAUAUCGGCACUCCUUAUCCGUUCCUCCAGAAUGAUAUUGGCACUCCUUAUCCGUUCCUCCAGAAUGAUAUUGGCACUCCUUAUCCGUUCCUCCAGAAUGAUAUUGGCACUCCUUAUCCGUUCCUCCAGAAUGAUAUUGGCACUCCUCAUCCAAUGAUAUUGGCACUCCCCAUAUCCAAUGAUAUUGGCACUCCUUAUCCGUUCCUCCAGAAUGAUAUCGGCACUCCUUAUCCGUUCCUCCAGAAUGAUAUUGGCACUCCUUAUCCGUUCCUCCAGAAUGAUAUUGGCACUCCUUAUCCGUUCCUCCAGAAUGAUAUCGGCACUCCUUAUCCGUUCCUCCAGAAUGAUAUCGGCACUCCUUAUCCGUUCCUCCAGAAUGAUAUUGGCACUCCUUAUCCGUUCCUCCAGAAUGAUAUUGGCACUCCUUAUCCGUUCCUCCAGAAUGAUAUUGGCACUCCUUAUCCGUUCCUCCAGAAUGAUAUUGGCACUCCUUAUCCGUUCCUCCAGAAUGAUAUCGGCACUCCUUAUCCGUUCCUCCAGAAUGAUAUUGGCACUCCUCAUCCGUUCCUCCAGAAUGAUAUUGGCACUCCUUAUCCGUUCCUCCAGAAUGAUAUCGGCACUCCUUAUCCGUUCCUCCAGAAUGAUAUCGGCACUCCUUAUCCGUUCCUCCAGAAUGAUAUUGGCACUCCUUAUCCGUUCCUCCAGAAUGAUAUUGGCACUCCUUAUCCGUUCCUCCAGAAUGAUAUUGGCACUCCUUAUCCGUUCCUCCAGAAUGAUAUUGGCACUCCUUAUCCGUUCCUCCAGAAUGAUAUCGGCACUCCUUAUCCGUUCCUCCAGAAUGAUAUUGGCACUCCUUAUCCGUUCCUCCAGAAUGAUAUCGGCACUCCUUAUCCGUUCCUCCAGAAUGAUAUCGGCACUCCUCAUCCGUUCCUCCAGAAUGAUAUCGGCACUCCUCAUCCGUUCCUCCAGAAUGAUAUCGGCACUCCUUAUCCGUUCCUCCAGAAUGAUAUCGGCACUCCUUAUCCGUUCCUCCAGAAUGAUAUCGGCACUCCUUAUCCGUUCCUCCAGAAUGAUAUUGGCACUCCUUAUCCGUUCCUCCAGAAUGAUAUCGGCACUCCUUAUCCGUUCCUCCAGAAUGAUAUCGGCACUCCUUAUCCGUUCCUCCAGAAUGAUAUCGGCACUCCUUAUCCGUUCCUCCAGAAUGAUAUUGGCACUCCUUAUCCGUUCCUCCAGAAUGAUAUCGGCACUCCUUAUCCGUUCCUCCAGAAUGAUAUCGGCACUCCUUAUCCGUUCCUCCAGAAUGAUAUUGGCACUCCUUAUCCGUUCCUCCAGAAUGAUAUCGGCACUCCUUAUCCGUUCCUCCAGAAUGAUAUCGGCACUCCUUAUCCGUUCCUCCAGAAUGAUAUCGGCACUCCUUAUCCGUUCCUCCAGAAUGAUAUCGGCACUCCUUAUCCGUUCCUCCAGAAUGAUAUCGGCACUCCUUAUCCGUUCCUCCAGAAUGAUAUCGGCACUCCUUAUCCGUUCCUCCAGAAUGAUAUUGGCACUCCUUAUCCGUUCCUCCAGAAUGAUAUCGGCACUCCUUAUCCGUUCCUCCAGAAUGAUAUUGGCACUCCUUAUCCGUUCCUCCAGAAUGAUAUCGGCACUCCUUAUCCGUUCCUCCAGAAUGAUAUUGGCACUCCUUAUCCGUUCCUCCAGAAUGAUAUCGGCACUCCUUAUCCGUUCCUCCAGAAUGAUAUCGGCACUCCUUAUCCGUUCCUCCAGAAUGAUAUUGGCACUCCUUAUCCGUUCCUCCAGAAUGAUAUCGGCACUCCUUAUCCGUUCCUCCAGAAUGAUAUCGGCACUCCUUAUCCGUUCCUCCAGAAUGAUAUCGGCACUCCUUAUCCGUUCCUCCAGAAUGAUAUUGGCACUCCUCAUCCGUUCCUCCAGAAUGAUAUCGGCACUCCUUAUCCGUUCCUCCAGAAUGAUAUCGGCACUCCUUAUCCGUUCCUCCAGAAUGAUAUUGGCACUCCUUAUCCGUUCCUCCAGAAUGAUAUUGGCACUCCUUAUCCGUUCCUCCAGAAUGAUAUUGGCACUCCUUAUCCGUUCCUCCAGAAUGAUAUCGGCACUCCUUAUCCGUUCCUCCAGAAUGAUAUCGGCACUCCUUAUAUUCUCCUCUAUCCGUUCCUCCAGAAUGAUAUUGGCACUCCUUAUCCGUUCCUCCAGAAUGAUAUUGGCACUCCUCAUCCGUUCCUCCAGAAUGAUAUCGGCACUCCUUAUCCGUUCCUCCAGAAUGAUAUUGGCACUCCUUAUCCGUUCCUCCAGAAUGAUAUUGGCACUCCUUAUCCGUUCCUCCAGAAUGAUAUUGGCACUCCUCAUCCGUUCCUCCAGAAUGAUAUCGGCACUCCUCAUCCGUUCCUCCAGAAUGAUAUCGGCACUCCUUAUCCGUUCCUCCAGAAUGAUAUCGGCACUCCUUAUCCGUUCCUCCAGAAUGAUAUUGGCACUCCUUAUCCGUUCCUCCAGAAUGAUAUUGGCACUCCUCAUCCGUUCCUCCAGAAUGAUAUCGGCACUCCUUAUCCGUUCCUCCAGAAUGAUAUUGGCACUCCUCAUCCGUUCCUCCAGAAUGAUAUUGGCACUCCUCAUCCGUUCCUCCAGAAUGAUAUUGGCACUCCUCAUCCGUUCCUCCAGAAUGAUAUUGGCACUCCUUAUCCGUUCCUCCAGAAUGAUAUUGGCACUCCUUAUCCAAUGAUAUCGGCACUCCUUAUCCGUUCCUCCAGAAUGAUAUUGGCACUCCUUAUCCAUGAAAUCGGCACUCCUUAUCCGUUCCUCCAGAAUGAUAUUGGCACUCCUCAUCCGUUCCUCCAGAAUGAUAUUGGCACUCCUUAUCCGUUCCUCCAGAAUGAUAUCGACACUCCUUAUCCGUUCCUCCAGAAUGAUAUCGGCACUCCUUAUCCGUUCCUCCAGAAUCAUAUUGGCACUCCUUAUCCGUUCCUCCAGAAUGAUAUUGGCACUCCUUAUCCGUUCCUCCAGAAUGAUAUUGGCACUCCUUAUCCGUUCCUCCAGAAUGAUAUUGGCACUCCUUAUCCGUUCCUCCAGAAUGAUAUUGGCACUCCUCAUCCGUUCCUCCAGAAUGAUAUUGGCACUCCUCAUCCGUUCCUCCAGAAUGAUAUUGGCACUCCUUAUCCGUUCCUCCAGAAUGAUAUUGGCACUCCUUAUCCGUUCCUCCAGAAUGAUAUCGGCACUCCUUAUCCGUUCCUCCAGAAUGAUAUUGGCACUCCUCAUCCGUUCCUCCAGAAUGAUAUCGGCACUCCUUAUCCGUUCCUCCAGAAUGAUAUCGGCACUCCUUAUCCGUUCCUCCAGAAUGAUAUUGGCACUCCUUAUCCGUUCCUCCAGAAUGAUAUUGGCACUCCUUAUCCGUUCCUCCAGAAUGAUAUCGGCACUCCUUAUCCGUUCCUCCAGAAUGAUAUCGGCACUCCUUAUCCGUUCCUCCAGAAUGAUAUUGGCACUCCUUAUCCGUUCCUCCAGAAUGAUAUUGGCACUCCUUAUCCGUUCCUCCAGAAUGAUAUUGGCACUCCUUAUCCGUUCCUCCAGAAUGAUAUCGGCACUCCUUAUCCGUUCCUCCAGAAUGAUAUCGACACUCCUUAUCCGUUCCUCCAGAAUGAUAUCGGCACUCCUUAUCCGUUCCUCCAGAAUGAUAUUGGCACUCCUCAUCCGUUCCUCCAGAAUGAUAUUGGCACUCCUUAUCCGUUCCUCCAGAAUGAUAUCGACACUCCUUAUCCGUUCCUCCAGAAUGAUAUCGGCACUCCUUAUCCGUUCCUCCAGAAUGAUAUUGGCACUCCUCAUCCGUUCCUCCAGAAUGAUAUUGGCACUCCUCAUCCGUUCCUCCAGAAUGAUAUCGGCACUCCUUAUCCGUUCCUCCAGAAUGAUAUCGGCACUCCUUAUCCGUUCCUCCAGAAUGAUAUUGGCACUCCUCAUCCGUUCCUCCAGAAUGAUAUUGGCACUCCUUAUCCGUUCCUCCAGAAUGAUAUCGGCACUCCUUAUCCGUUCCUCCAGAAUGAUAUCGGCACUCCUCAUCCGUUCCUCCAGAAUGAUAUUGGCACUCCUUAUCCGUUCCUCCAGAAUGAUAUUGGCACUCCUUAUCCGUUCCUCCAGAAUGAUAUCGGCACUCCUCAUCCGUUCCUCCAGAAUGAUAUUGGCACUCCUUAUCCGUUCCUCCAGAAUGAUAUCGGCACUCCUUAUCCGUUCCUCCAGAAUGAUAUCGGCACUCCUUAUCCGUUCCUCCAGAAUGAUAUUGGCACUCCUCAUCCGUUCCUCCAGAAUGAUAUUGGCACUCCUUAUCCGUUCCUAUCCGUUCCUCCGAAUGAUAUCGACACUCCUUAUCCGUUCCUCCAGAAUGAUAUCGGCACUCCUUAUCCGUUCCUCCAGAAUGAUAUUGGCACUCCUUAUCCGUUCCUCCAGAAUGAUAUUGGCACUCCUCAUCCGUUCCUCCAGAAUGAUAUCGGCACUCCUUAUCCGUUCCUCCAGAAUGAUAUUGGCACUCCUUAUCCGUUCCUCCAGAAUGAUAUUGGCACUCCUUAUCCGUUCCUCCAGAAUGAUAUUGGCACUCCUCAUCCGUUCCUCCAGAAUGAUAUUGGCACUCCUUAUCCGUUCCUCCAGAAUGAUAUCGGCACUCCUUAUCCGUUCCUCCAGAAUGAUAUCGACACUCCUUAUCCGUUCCUCCAGAAUGAUAUCGGCACUCCUCAUCCGUUCCUCCAGAAUGAUAUUGGCACUCCUUAUCCGUUCCUCCAGAAUGAUAUUGGCACUCCUCAUCCGUUCCUCCAGAAUGAUAUUGGCACUCCUCAUCCGUUCCUCCAGAAUGAUAUCGGCACUCCUCAUCCGUUCCUCCAGAAUGAUAUUGGCACUCCUCAUCCGUUCCUCCAGAAUGAUAUUGGCACUCCUUAUCCGUUCCUCCAGAAUGAUAUCGACACUCCUUAUCCGUUCCUCCAGAAUGAUAUCGGCACUCCUUAUCCGUUCCUCCAGAAUGAUAUUGGCACUCCUUAUCCGUUCCUCCAGAAUGAUAUUGGCACUCCUCAUCCGUUCCUCCAGAAUGAUAUCGGCACUCCUUAUCCGUUCCUCCAGAAUGAUAUUGGCACUCCUCAUCCGUUCCUCCAGAAUGAUAUUGGCACUCCUUAUCCGUUCCUCCAGAAUGAUAUUGGCACUCCUUAUCCGUUCCUCCAGAAUGAUAUUGGCACUCCUCAUCCGUUCCUCCAGAAUGAUAUUGGCACUCCUUAUCCGUUCCUCCAGAAUGAUAUUGGCACUCCUUAUCCGUUCCUCCAGAAUGAUAUUGGCACUCCUCAUCCGUUCCUCCAGAAUGAUAUUGGCACUCCUCAUCCGUUCCUCCAGAAUGAUAUCGGCACUCCUUAUCCGUUCCUCCAGAAUGAUAUUGGCACUCCUUAUCCGUUCCUCCAGAAUGAUAUUGGCACUCCUUAUCCGUUCCUCCAGAAUGAUAUUGGCACUCCUUAUCCGUUCCUCCAGAAUGAUAUUGGCACUCCUCAUCCGUUCCUCCAGAAUGAUAUUGGCACUCCUCAUCCGUUCCUCCAGAAUGAUAUCGGCACUCCUUAUCCGUUCCUCCAGAAUGAUAUUGGCACUCCUUAUCCGUUCCUCCAGAAUGAUAUUGGCACUCCUCAUCCGUUCCUCCAGAAUGAUAUUGGCACUCCUUAUCCGUUCCUCCAGAAUGAUAUUGGCACUCCUCAUCCGUUCCUCCAGAAUGAUAUCGGCACUCCUCAUCCGUUCCUCCAGAAUGAUAUUGGCACUCCUUAUCCGUUCCUCCAGAAUGAUAUUGGCACUCCUCAUCCGUUCCUCCAGAAUGAUAUUGGCACUCCUUAUCCGUUCCUCCAGAAUCAUAUCGGCACUCCUUAUCCGUUCCUCCAGAAUCAUAUUGGCACUCCUCAUCCGUUCCUCCAGAAUGAUAUUGGCACUCCUUAUCCGUUCCUCCAGAAUGAUAUCGGCACUCCUUAUCCGUUCCUCCAGAAUGAUAUCGGCACUCCUUAUCCGUUCCUCCAGAAUGAUAUCGGCACUCCUUAUCCGUUCCUCCAGAAUGAUAUUGGCACUCCUCAUCCGUUCCUCCAGAAUGAUAUUGGCACUCCUUAUCCGUUCCUCCAGAAUGAUAUCGACACUCCUUAUCCGUUCCUCCAGAAUGAUAUCGGCACUCCUUAUCCGUUCCUCCAGAAUCAUAUUGGCACUCCUUAUCCGUUCCUCCAGAAUGAUAUUGGCACUCCUUAUCCGUUCCUCCAGAAUGAUAUUGGCACUCCUUAUCCGUUCCUCCAGAAUGAUAUUGGCACUCCUUAUCCGUUCCUCCAGAAUGAUAUUGGCACUCCUCAUCCGUUCCUCCAGAAUGAUAUUGGCACUCCUUAUCCGUUCCUCCAGAAUGAUAUUGGCACUCCUUAUCCGUUCCUCCAGAAUCAUAUUGGCACUCCUUAUCCGUUCCUCCAGAAUCAUAUCGGCACUCCUUAUCCGUUCCUCCAGAAUCAUAUUGGCACUCCUCAUCCAUUCCUCCAGAAUGAUAUCGGCACUCCUUAUCCGUUCCUCCAGAAUGAUAUCGGCACUCCUUAUCCGUUCCUCCAGAAUGAUAUCGGCACUCCUUAUCCGUUCCUCCAGAAUGAUAUUGGCACUCCUUAUCCGUUCCUCCAGAAUGAUAUUGGCACUCCUUAUCCGUUCCUCCAGAAUGAUAUCGGCACUCCUUAUCCGUUCCUCCAGAAUGAUAUCGACACUCCUUAUCCGUUCCUCCAGAAUGAUAUCGGCACUCCUUAUCCGUUCCUCCAGAAUCAUAUUGGCACUCCUUAUCCGUUCCUCCAGAAUGAUAUUGGCACUCCUUAUCCGUUCCUCCAGAAUGAUAUUGGCACUCCUUAUCCGUUCCUCCAGAAUGAUAUUGGCACUCCUUAUCCGUUCCUCCAGAAUGAUAUCGGCACUCCUUAUCCGUUCCUCCAGAAUGAUAUUGGCACUCCUCAUCCGUUCCUCCAGAAUGAUAUUGGCACUCCUUAUCCGUUCCUCCAGAAUGAUAUCGACACUCCUUAUCCGUUCCUCCAGAAUGAUAUCGGCACUCCUUAUCCGUUCCUCCAGAAUGAUAUUGGCACUCCUUAUCCGUUCCUCCAGAAUGAUAUUGGCACUCCUUAUCCGUUCCUCCAGAAUGAUAUCGACACUCCUUAUCCGUUCCUCCAGAAUGAUAUCGGCACUCCUUAUCCGUUCCUCCAGAAUGAUAUUGGCACUCCUUAUCCGUUCCUCCAGAAUGAUAUUGGCACUCCUUAUCCGUUCCUCCAGAAUGAUAUUGGCACUCCUUAUCCGUUCCUCCAGAAUGAUAUCGGCACUCCUUAUCCGUUCCUCCAGAAUGAUAUCGGCACUCCUUAUCCGUUCCUCCAGAAUGAUAUUGGCACUCCUUAUCCGUUCCUCCAGAAUGAUAUCGGCACUCCUUAUCCGUUCCUCCAGAAUGAUAUCGGCACUCCUCAUCCGUUCCUCCAGAAUGAUAUCGGCACUCCUUAUCCGUUCCUCCAGAAUGAUAUUGGCACUCCUUAUCCGUUCCUCCAGAAUGAUAUUGGCACUCCUUAUCCGUUCCUCCAGAAUGAUAUCGGCACUCCUUAUCCGUUCCUCCAGAAUGAUAUCGGCACUCCUUAUCCGUUCCUCCAGAAUGAUAUUGGCACUCCUUAUCCGUUCCUCCAGAAUGAUAUUGGCACUCCUUAUCCGUUCCUCCAGAAUGAUAUCGGCACUCCUUAUCCGUUCCUCCAGAAUGAUAUUGGCACUCCUUAUCCGUUCCUCCAGAAUGAUAUCGGCACUCCUUAUCCGUUCCUCCAGAAUGAUAUCGGCACUCCUUAUCCGUUCCUCCAGAAUGAUAUUGGCACUCCUUAUCCGUUCCUCCAGAAUGAUAUUGGCACUCCUUAUCCGUUCCUCCAGAAUGAUAUCGACACUCCUUAUCCGUUCCUCCAGAAUGAUAUCGGCACUCCUUAUCCGUUCCUCCAGAAUGAUAUUGGCACUCCUUAUCCGUUCCUCCAGAAUCAUAUUGGCACUCCUUAUCCGUUCCUCCAGAAUGAUAUUGGCACUCCUUAUCCGUUCCUCCAGAAUGAUAUUGGCACUCCUUAUCCGUUCCUCCAGAAUGAUAUUGGCACUCCUUAUCCGUUCCUCCAGAAUGAUAUCGGCACUCCUUAUCCGUUCCUCCAGAAUGAUAUUGGCACUCCUUAUCCGUUCCUCCAGAAUGAUAUUGGCACUCCUUAUCCGUUCCUCCAGAAUGAUAUCGACACUCCUUAUCCGUUCCUCCAGAAUGAUAUCGGCACUCCUUAUCCGUUCCUCCAGAAUGAUAUUGGCACUCCUUAUCCGUUCCUCCAGAAUGAUAUUGGCACUCCUUAUCCGUUCCUCCAGAAUGAUAUUGGCACUCCUUAUCCGUUCCUCCAGAAUGAUAUCGGCACUCCUUAUCCGUUCCUCCAGAAUGAUAUCGGCACUCCUUAUCCGUUCCUCCAGAAUGAUAUUGGCACUCCUUAUCCGUUCCUCCAGAAUGAUAUCGGCACUCCUUAUCCGUUCCUCCAGAAUGAUAUCGGCACUCCUCAUCCGUUCCUCCAGAAUGAUAUCGGCACUCCUUAUCCGUUCCUCCAGAAUGAUAUUGGCACUCCUUAUCCGUUCCUCCAGAAUGAUAUCGGCACUCCUUAUCCGUUCCUCCAGAAUGAUAUCGGCACUCCUUAUCCGUUCCUCCAGAAUGAUAUUGGCACUCCUUAUCCGUUCCUCCAGAAUGAUAUCGGCACUCCUUAUCCGUUCCUCCAGAAUGAUAUCGGCACUCCUUAUCCGUUCCUCCAGAAUGAUAUUGGCACUCCUUAUCCGUUCCUCCAGAAUGAUAUCGGCACUCCUUAUCCGUUCCUCCAGAAUGAUAUCGGCACUCCUUAUCCGUUCCUCCAGAAUGAUAUCGGCACUCCUUAUCCGUUCCUCCAGAAUGAUAUUGGCACUCCUUAUCCGUUCCUCCAGAAUGAUAUCGGCACUCCUUAUCCGUUCCUCCAGAAUGAUAUCGGCACUCCUUAUCCGUUCCUCCAGAAUGAUAUUGGCACUCCUUAUCCGUUCCUCCAGAAUGAUAUCGGCACUCCUUAUCCGUUCCUCCAGAAUGAUAUUGGCACUCCUUAUCCGUUCCUCCAGAAUGAUAUCGGCACUCCUUAUCCGUUCCUCCAGAAUGAUAUCGGCACUCCUUAUCCGUUCCUCCAGAAUGAUAUUGGCACUCCUUAUCCGUUCCUCCAGAAUGAUAUUGGCACUCCUUAUCCGUUCCUCCAGAAUGAUAUCGGCACUCCUUAUCCGUUCCUCCAGAAUGAUAUCGGCACUCCUUAUCCGUUCCUCCAGAAUGAUAUCGGCACUCCUUAUCCGUUCCUCCAGAAUGAUAUUGGCACUCCUUAUCCGUUCCUCCAGAAUGAUAUCGGCACUCCUUAUCCGUUCCUCCAGAAUGAUAUCGGCACUCCUUAUCCGUUCCUCCAGAAUGAUAUCGGCACUCCUUAUCCGUUCCUCCAGAAUGAUAUCGGCACUCCUUAUCCGUUCCUCCAGAAUGAUAUCGGCACUCCUUAUCCGUUCCUCCAGAAUGAUAUUGGCACUCCUUAUCCGUUCCUCCAGAAUGAUAUUGGCACUCCUUAUCCGUUCCUCCAGAAUGAUAUUGGCACUCCUUAUCCGUUCCUCCAGAAUGAUAUCGGCACUCCUUAUCCGUUCCUCCAGAAUGAUAUUGGCACUCCUUAUCCGUUCCUCCAGAAUGAUAUUGGCACUCCUUAUCCGUUCCUCCAGAAUGAUAUUGGCACUCCUUAUCCGUUCCUCCAGAAUGAUAUCGGCACUCCUUAUCCGUUCCUCCAGAAUGAUAUCGGCACUCCUUAUCCGUUCCUCCAGAAUGAUAUUGGCACUCCUUAUCCGUUCCUCCAGAAUGAUAUUGGCACUCCUUAUCCGUUCCUCCAGAAUGAUAUCGGCACUCCUUAUCCGUUCCUCCAGAAUGAUAUCGGCACUCCUUAUCCGUUCCUCCAGAAUGAUAUUGGCACUCCUUAUCCGUUCCUCCAGAAUGAUAUCGGCACUCCUUAUCCGUUCCUCCAGAAUGAUAUCGGCACUCCUUAUCCGUUCCUCCAGAAUGAUAUCGGCACUCCUUAUCCGUUCCUCCAGAAUGAUAUUGGCACUCCUUAUCCGUUCCUCCAGAAUGAUAUCGGCACUCCUUAUCCGUUCCUCCAGAAUGAUAUCGGCACUCCUUAUCCGUUCCUCCAGAAUGAUAUUGGCACUCCUUAUCCGUUCCUCCAGAAUGAUAUCGGCACUCCUUAUCCGUUCCUCCAGAAUGAUAUCGGCACUCCUUAUCCGUUCCUCCAGAAUGAUAUCGGCACUCCUUAUCCGUUCCUCCAGAAUGAUAUCGGCACUCCUUAUCCGUUCCUCCAGAAUGAUAUCGGCACUCCUUAUCCGUUCCUCCAGAAUGAUAUCGGCACUCCUUAUCCGUUCCUCCAGAAUGAUAUUGGCACUCCUUAUCCGUUCCUCCAGAAUGAUAUCGGCACUCCUUAUCCGUUCCUCCAGAAUGAUAUCGGCACUCCUUAUCCGUUCCUCCAGAAUGAUAUCGGCACUCCUUAUCCGUUCCUCCAGAAUGAUAUCGGCACUCCUUAUCCGUUCCUCCAGAAUGAUAUUGGCACUCCUUAUCCGUUCCUCCAGAAUGAUAUCGGCACUCCUUAUCCGUUCCUCCAGAAUGAUAUCGGCACUCCUUAUCCGUUCCUCCAGAAUGAUAUCGGCACUCCUUAUCCGUUCCUCCAGAAUGAUAUUGGCACUCCUUAUCCGUUCCUCCAGAAUGAUAUUGGCACUCCUUAUCCGUUCCUCCAGAAUGAUAUCGGCACUCCUUAUCCGUUCCUCCAGAAUGAUAUCGGCACUCCUUAUCCGUUCCUCCAGAAUGAUAUUGGCACUCCUUAUCCGUUCCUCCAGAAUGAUAUUGGCACUCCUUAUCCGUUCCUCCAGAAUGAUAUCGGCACUCCUUAUCCGUUCCUCCAGAAUGAUAUCGGCACUCCUUAUCCGUUCCUCCAGAAUGAUAUCGGCACUCCUUAUCCGUUCCUCCAGAAUGAUAUCGGCACUCCUUAUCCGUUCCUCCAGAAUGAUAUUGGCACUCCUUAUCCGUUCCUCCAGAAUGAUAUUGGCACUCCUUAUCCGUUCCUCCAGAAUGAUAUUGGCACUCCUUAUCCGUUCCUCCAGAAUGAUAUCGGCACUAUUGGCACUCUUAUCCAGUUAUCUCCGCACACUCCUCAUCCGUUCCUCCAGAAUGAUAUUGGCACUCCUCAUCCGUUCCUCCAGAAUGAUAUUGGCACUCCUUAUCCGUUCCUCCAGAAUGAUAUUGGCACUCCUUAUCCGUUCCUCCAGAAUGAUAUCGGCACUCCUUAUCCGUUCCUCCAGAAUGAUAUUGGCACUCCUUAUCCGUUCCUCCAGAAUGAUAUCGGCACUCCUUAUCCGUUCCUCCAGAAUGAUAUUGGCACUCCUUAUCCGUUCCUCCAGAAUGAUAUCGGCACUCCUCAUCCGUUCCUCCAGAAUGAUAUUGGCACUCCUUAUCCGUUCCUCCAGAAUGAUAUUGGCACUCCUUAUCCGUUCCUCCAGAAUGAUAUUGGCACUCCUUAUCCGUUCCUCCAGAAUGAUAUUGGCACUCCUUAUCCGUUCCUCCAGAAUGAUAUUGGCACUCCUUAUCCGUUCCUCCAGAAUGAUAUUGGCACUCCUUAUCCGUUCCUCCAGAAUGAUAUCGGCACUCCUUAUCCGUUCCUCCAGAAUGAUAUUGGCACUCCUUAUCCGUUCCUCCAGAAUGAUAUCGGCACUCCUCAUCCGUUCCUCCAGAAUGAUAUUGGCACUCCUUAUCCGUUCCUCCAGUACCAGAUUGUGCAUGCAGCACCUUUUUUCUGA